AUUGUGUGAUAUCAGACAAUUCUUAAAUAAAGGUGACACAUUGAAGUGGGUGAAACCCAUUUGUUGUCACAAGCAAUAGAUAGUGUUAUCUAGUUAACCAAACUAAUUAUAAGGAGCUGCUCUUGAAAAGUUGAAAUGCCUCAGAACAAGCGAUAUAUUUAUGUAAAUGCCUUCGAAGGUUUGCCAAAAUUGACAGACUUUGAGUUGAUCACAGAGGAUGUUCCUUCACUUCAGUCAAAUGAAGUCUUAUGUGAAGCCCUAUACUUUAGUGUGGAUCCUUAUAUGAGGGCCCAUAGCAAUUGGAUGACAGAAGGACAGACUAUGAUUGGUACUCAGGUGGCAAAGAUUGUGGAGAGUGCCCAUGACAAGUUCCCUGUGGGUUCUCUGCUGUUUGGUGACUUUGGCUGGCAGCUAUACACAGUUUGUAACCCUGGUGUGACUCACAGUUGCUUCGACCGUCGCAGUCCUCAGCUGCUGAGUGAUCUCAACCACUUCCCAGCCAGCCUCAGUCUCGGUGUCCUCGGCAUGCCCGGUAACCUUGCAUACUGUGGGCUGCUGGAGGUAUGCAAACCUGAGACUGGCGAGGUGGUAGUAGUGAGUGGUGCAGGGGGUGCAAUUGGCAGCAUUGUUGGACAAAUCGCAAAGAUCAAAGGGUGCAAGGUGGUGGGUAUCGUAGGGUCUGAGGAGAAGAUGGCUUGGAUCCAAGACGAACUGGGGUUCGACGCUGCCAUCAACUACAAGACCUCUAAUGUGGCAGAGGCUCUGCAAGAGGCGGUGCCAGAGGGAGUGGACUGUUACUUUGAUAAUGUAGGAGGGGAAACAAGUUCUGCUGUUAUUGCCCAGAUGAACAUGCACGGUCGUGUCGCCUGUUGCGGUGCUAUUGCUAUUUACAACGAAGACGGCAAUCUUCCCUCCAAGGUAACACCCAUCCAGCUUCCUAUCAUCGCCAAGGAGCUCAAGAUAGAGGGAAUCACAGGUCGCAGGUUUGCCAAGCGAGCUGACGAGUCAUUUAAAGUGCUCACCAAGUGGCUUGUAGAGGGCAAACUGCACUACAAGGAGACAGUAUAUGGAGGCUUUGAGAAGCUGCCAGAGGCGUUAAUCAGCAUUCUGAAAGGAGAAAACCUAGGGAAAGCGAUUGUCAGAGCAUAGUACUCAAAAUACUGGCCAUACUGUAUUUAAAAACUUUGAUUUUGUGUUCAUGAUUGCUUAUUUUCAAUGUUAAACUAUUAUAAAUAACUGAGACAAGAUGAUUAGUUUGAAUUAAAAUUAAGGUACCAAUUAAUUGUUAUUAUUGUUAU